UACAAGUCUAUAUUAGAUACCCUGAGAUUCACAUCAAACAGACAGUUUCCUAGACGUUCUGCAGACACAAUAAAAGUAGACAACAGCCUGAAUGGGUUGUCCACUGCUGCUGUGUCUGGCCACCCUGCUCUUUAUGUGUGGGGUAGCAACAGGACAAACUACAUAUGUGCCAAUAACAGCAGUUCCAUCAAGUACACCACCACCACCACCACCAGGUUCAGCUUUAUUUUCAGUGGGAUCUGGAGCAAUACAGCUAUUCCUCAGUGAUGGAGAAUAUCAAACCAUUCAGCUGCAGCAGCCAUUCAAGUACAAUGGAAAAACAUACACGCAAUUCAAUCUGAGUAUGGAUGGUUACGUGGCUUUUUACGUUCCAAACAUUGAUGAUGAAUCUCCAAACCGAAACCUUGGCAAAGACAUCAUCGCUCCAUUGUGGACUGAUCUGGAUGCUGGCAGUUGGGGAAGAUGGUCAUAUGAGCAGGCCACAAGUGGGCCUCUUAUAGAUCAGGCUAAUCAAGAAAUCUCCAGAACGUUCCCUUAUGAGUCCUUUUCUGCAUCUUGGGUCUUUGUCGCCACCUGGGAAAAUGUACCCCUUGAACUUUCUGGGUUCCAGGCAUCACUUCAAGUCGUCUUGGCCUCAGAUGGUGGAGACCGUUCUAUUGUCCUGAUGAACUAUGGGACCAUUCCUUCCAUUGACUCAUAUUACUGGCUGGCUGGCUAUUGCAUGGAGAACAGCAGUUUUGUCACCAUUCCAGUAAAUAAUACCAAUGAGCUGUCAUCCACUAGUAAUGUCAAUAUACCUGGACGUUGGGCUUUUGAAUUUACAGUUCCAACAAGUACAACACCACCACCAGGUUCAGCUUUAUUUUCAGUGGGAUCUGGAGCAAUACAGCUAUUCCUCAGUGAUGGAGAAUAUCAAACCAUUCAGCUGCAACAGCCAUUCAAGUACAAUGGAAAAACAUACACUCAAUUCUAUCUGAGUAUGGAUGGCUACGUGGCUUUUUACGUUCCAAACAUUAAUGAUGAAAUACCAAACCGAAACCUUGGCAAAGACAUCAUCGCUCCAUUGUGGACUGAUCUGGAGGCUGUCAGUGGAGGAAGAUGGACAUAUGAGCAGGCCACAAGUGGGCCUCUUAUAGAUCAAGCUAACCAAGAAAUUACCAGAACGUUCCCCUAUGUGUCCUUUUCUGCAUCCUGGGUUUUUGUCGCCACCUGGGAAAAUGUACCCCUUGAAUUUUCUGGGUUCCAGGGGGCAUCACUUCAAGUUGUAUUGGCCUCGGAUGGUGGAGACCACUCAUUUGUCCUGAUGAACUAUGGGACCAUUCCUUUCAUUGACUCAUAUUACUGGCUGGCUGGCUAUUGCAUGGAGAACAGCAGUUUUAUCACCAUUCCAGUAAACAAUACAAAUGAGCUGUCAUCCACUAGUAAUGUCAAUAUACCUGGACGUUGGGCUUUUCAAUUUACAGUUCCAACCAGUACAACACCACCACCAGGUUCAGCUUUAUUUUCAGUGGGAUCUGGAGCAAUACAGCUAUUCCUCAGUGACGGAGAAUAUCAAACCAUUCAGCUGCAACAGCCAUUCAAGUACAAUGGAAAAACAUACACUCAAUUCUAUCUGAGUAUGGAUGGCUACGUGGCUUUUUACGUUCCAAACAUUAAUGAUGAAAUACCAAACCGAAACCUUGGCAAAGACAUCAUCGCUCCAUUGUGGACUGAUCUGGAUGCUGACAGUGGAGGAAGAUGGACAUAUGAGCAGGCCACAAGUGGGCCUCUUAUAGAUCAAGCUAACCAAGAAAUUACCAGAACGUUCCCCUAUGUGUCCUUUUCUGCAUCCUGGGUUUUUGUCGCCACCUGGGAAAAUGUACCCCUUGAAUUUUCUGGGUUCCAGGGGGCAUCACUUCAAGUUGUAUUGGCCUCGGAUGGUGGAGACCACUCAUUUGUCCUGAUGAACUAUGGGACCAUUCCUUCCAUUGACUCAUAUUACUGGCUGGCUGGCUAUUGCAUGGAGAACAGCAGUUUUAUCACCAUUCCAGUAAACAAUACCAAUGAGCUGUCAUCCACUAGUAAUGUCAAUAUACCUGGACGUUGGGCUUUUCAAUUUACAGUUCCAACCAGUACAACACCACCACCAGGUUCAGCUUUAUUUUCAGUGGGAUCUGGAGCAAUACAGCUAUUCCUCAGUGAUGGAGAAUAUCAAACCAUUCAGCUGCAACAGCCAUUCAAGUACAAUGGAAAAACAUACACUCAAUUCUAUCUGAGUAUGGAUGGCUAUGUGGCUUUUUACGUUCCAAACAUUAAUGAUGAAAUACCAAACCGAAACCUUGGCAAAGACAUCAUCGCUCCAUUGUGGACUGAUCUGGAUGCUGACAGUGGAGGAAGAUGGACAUAUGAGCAGGCCACAAGUGGGCCUCUUAUAGAUCAAGCUAACCAAGAAAUUACCAGAACGUUCCCCUAUGUGUCCUUUUCUGCAUCCUGGGUUUUUGUCGCCACCUGGGAAAAUGUACCCCUUGAAUUUUCUGGGUUCCAGGGGGCAUCACUUCAAGUUGUAUUGGCCUCGGAUGGUGGAGACCACUCAUUUGUCCUGAUGAACUAUGGGACCAUUCCUUCCAUUUACUCAUAUUACUGGCUGGCUGGCUAUUGCAUGGAGAACAGCAGUUUUAUCACCAUUCCAGUAAACAAUACAUAUGAGCUGUCAUCCACUAGUAAUGUCAAUAUACCUGGACGUUGGGCUUUUCAAUUUACAGUUCCAACAAGUACAACACCACCACCAGGUUCAGCUUUAUUUUCAGUGGGAUCUGGAGCAAUACAGCUAUUCCUCAGUGAUGGAGAAUAUCAAACCAUUCAGCUGCAGCAGCCAUUCAAGUACAAUGGACAAACAUACACUCAAUUCUAUCUGAGUAUGGAUGGCUAUGUGGCUUUUUACGUUCCAAACAUUAAUGAUGAAAUACCAAACCGAAACCUUGGCAAAGACAUCAUCGCUCCAUUGUGGACUGAUCUGGAUGCUGACAGUGGAGGAAGAUGGACAUAUGAGCAGGCCACAAGUGGGCCUCUUAUAGAUCAAGCUAACCAAGAAAUUACCAGAACGUUCCCCUAUGUGUCCUUUUCUGCAUCCUGGGUUUUUGUCGCCACCUGGGAAAAUGUACCCCUUGAAUUUUCUGGGUUCCAGGGGGCAUCACUUCAAGUUGUAUUGGCCUCGGAUGGUGGUGACCACUCAUUUGUCCUGAUGAACUAUGGGACCAUUCCUUCCAUUUACUCAUAUUACUGGCUGGCUGGCUAUUGCAUGGAGAACAGCAGUUUUAUCACCAUUCCAGUAAACAAUACCAAUGAGCUAUCAUCCACUAGUAAUGUCAAUAUACCUGGACGUUGGGCUUUUGAAUUUACAGUUCCAAGUACAACACCACCACCAGGUUCAGCUUUAUUUUCAGUGGGAUCUGGAGCAAUACAGCUAUUCCUCAGUGAUGGAGAAUAUCAAACCAUUCAGCUGCAGCAGCCAUUCAAGUACAGUGGAAAAACAUACACUCAAUUCUAUCUGAGUAUGGAUGGCUACGUGGCUUUUUACGUUCCAAACAUUAAUGAUGAAAUACCAAACCGAAACCUUGGCAAAGACAUCAUCGCUCCAUUGUGGACUGAUCUGGAUGCUGACAGUGGAGGAAGAUGGACAUAUGAGCAGGCCACAAGUGGGCCUCUUAUAGAUCAAGCUAACCAAGAAAUUACCAGAACGUUCCCCUAUGUGUCCUUUUCUGCAUCCUGGGUUUUUGUCGCCACCUGGGAAAAUGUACCCCUUGAAUUUUCUGGGUUCCAGGGGGCAUCACUUCAAGUUGUAUUGGCCUCGGAUGGUGGAGACCACUCAUUUGUCCUGAUGAACUAUGGGACCAUUCCUUCCAUUUACUCAUAUUACUGGCUGGCUGGCUAUUGCAUGGAGAACAGCAGUUUUAUCACCAUUCCAGUAAACAAUACCAAUGAGCUGUCAUCCACUAGUAAUGUCAAUAUACCUGGACGUUGGGCUUUUCAAUUUACAGUUCCAUCAAGUACAACACCACCACCAGGUUCAGCUUUAUUUUCAGUGGGAUCUGGAGCAAUACAGCUAUUCCUCAGUGAUGAAGAAUAUCAAACCAUUCAGCUGCAGCAGCUAUUCAAGUACAAUGGAAAAACAUACACUCAAUUCUAUCUGAGUAUGAAUGGCUAUGUGGCUUUUUACGUUCCAAACAUUAAUGAUGAAAUACCAAACCGAAACCUUGGCAAAGACAUUAUCGCUCCAUUGUGGACUGAUCUGGAGGCUGUCAGUGGAGGAAGAUGGACAUAUGAGCAGGCCACAAGUGGGCCUCUUAUAGAUCAAGCUAACCAAGAAAUUACCAGAACGUUCCCCUAUGUGUCCUUUUCUGCAUCCUGGGUUUUUGUCGCCACCUGGGAAAAUGUACCCCUUGAAUUUUCUGGGUUCCAGGGGGCAUCACUUCAAGUUGUAUUGGCCUCGGAUGGUGGAGACCACUCAUUUGUCCUGAUGAACUAUGGGACCAUUCCUUCCAUUUACUCAUAUUACUGGCUGGCUGGCUAUGGCAUGGAGAACAGCAGUUUUGUCACCAUUCCAGUAAACAAUGCCAAUGAGCUGUCAUCAACUAGUAAUGUAAAUAUACCUGGACGCUGGGCUUUUGAAUUUACAGGACCCUGCCAGAUCCUGAACUGUGCUUUGGAUGAAGUUUGUAGGCAGAUAAACGGAGUUUAUGGCUGUGCCUGUGGGGACAAUACAACAAGCAGCCCGAAUAUUUAUGAUGCCACCGAAACAUGUUCAGGGAGUAAUGGAUCACUGUCUCUGUCUCGCUGUCAGCUCUUUGAAGCUGGAUAUUCUGCAGAUGUUCUCCACCUUAAUGACCUAAACUGCAAGGGGGAGAUCGAAAAUAACAGACUGGUCUUUAAAUUUGACAGUUAUGCUAACACGUGUGGCACAACUCUGGAGAAUAAUGCAACACACAUCAUCUUCAAGAACAAUGUUCUUUCGAGUAACAGGAGGGGUAUAAUCAGUCGUACUGGUGGGAUCAACAUCGCCUUUUCCUGUGUGUAUCCAAUCAUCCAGAGCAUCUCCAUGCCCACGGACAUUGAAGCCAUAGGAGGAAUAACGAGCCAGCAUCUGUCCACUGGGGGCACAUACCAGAUCCGCAUGACCCCGUAUACCGAUGCUACAUUCUUGGUACCAUACUCUGGCAAUGUGACACUAGAAGUGAACCAUCAGAUGUAUAUAGCAGUGGAAGUGGAUCAGUUUGACAACACUCAGAUUGCUCUUGUUCUGGACAACUGCUGGGCCACACCAGUCAACCAGAUUGAUUAUUCUGUCCGCUGGGACCUGAUCAUUAAUGAAUGUCCAAACCUCAAUGACGGCACAGUGGCUGUGUUGCAGAAUGGUGUCUCCACAUCCAGCCACUUCUCGUUCAGGAUGUUCACAUUCACUGGCUUCUCCUCCAAGAUCUACCUGCACUGCCAGGUCCAACUGUGUACAACCAACUGUGCAAUGUCAUGCCCUCUACAACUUUCCAGAAGACGCCGAUCUGUAGAUUUCUACGACUCAGCUGCAAUUACCAUGAAAUUCUGACUUGUUAGCUUGAAACUUCUUUCCUUUAGCCUGAAAUCUAUGUUUAUUCAUUAAUUAUUGCUUUAAUUAUGAAUAAAAGUUAUAUCAAAAUAUUUUAUUACAUAUUUUAACCAUUUUAACCAAUAUUUGUAAUCCUCUGUACUGAAUUAAUCAUUCAAAAUAAAUCUUUCAAGCAUUUUA